AUGAGCGAGAGCGAUGGCCUGGAGCGGUCGAAGACACGCGAAGCAGCAUCGCAUGAGGCGAUCCAGAGCGUGUCUCUGCGGCGGCGAGAACUGAAGCUCGGAAUCCAGAGGGUAGAGCUACGGCUUUACCGGCGGACUCGCACGUCCUCAGAAAUUUUCACGAAGCCACCGCACUUUGUCUACAUCAUCCGCUGUAGCUGGGAUGGAGAGCAAUCGUCCUGCAGGUCGCCCCUGUCGCCCCGUGGACCACCGAGGAGCCAGUCUCCUCGUGGGGAGUCUCCCAGAGGCUUCGAGGAGCCGUGGCCCUGGUGGGAAAGCCUGCCGAACUGCUACACCGUUCGAAGGAGGUGGCACGAGAUCGUCAGGUUCCAUGACGCCUUGAAGCACGAGCUUGCCAACGAUCCGGUUCUAGGUUGCAGACGCGUGAAGGCCAAGCUUCCGGUUCUCCCCGACCCUGCGGAUGUGGACAGUUGGCUUAAGACCUAUGCGGCUACGAACGAUGCAUGUGCUUUGGGUCGCUCCGCCGUCGAAGUGCAGAGAAAGGAGCUGGCACCCUGCUUCCACGAGCUGGGGGAUCUGCACUGGAUGUACUGCCACAAUCGGCUUGUGCCCUAUUUCAGCGAAGCCAGCAAGGUCCUGGAAGAGCUCCCCACGGAGGUGUUGGCCUCCUCCCGGUCUCUGCGCCGCUUCGUUACCGGAGGCGUUGGCCGGACGCCGCCCUCGGCACUUCCGGUGCCUUCCCGGUUUCUCGGAAAAGGCCCAGCCUUCCCGGACACCGAGGAGAUCUCCAAGGCUGCCAGGGCUCUCCGGGCCAGCCGCUCCGAAGCUGCCUUGAGGACGGGAGACCGGCCUUCCAACGCUUCAAGUGGCGCCAAGGCCGCGGCCAAGCUGCUGCUGCUGUCGAAGUCCGGAGACCUCUCGGCGGCCUCCCGUGUGCUGGCCGUAGAUCGACGCGUUCGCACUGCGUCCAUGAAGAAGCUCUGCGCAGAGGAGUUUCAAGCCUUCUUCGAAGAUGCUGCGGGUUGUGGAAAGGUAGCCUGCGCCGCGCUGAUCUCUUCUGCCAAGAGCCAGUGCGUGCAUCCGGAAAGGAAGGACCCGUACCUCUGCGGUGACUGCCCACGGAAUCUCAAGACCGUCGACUUCGACGACAAGGUCUGCGCAGCAGCGGCCUUCGUGUCAUCAGCGAAGAGCCAAUGUGUGCAUCCGGAGCGAAAGGAUCCGUAUCUAUGCGGUGACUGUCCUCGCAACGGCUUCUUCAAGGAAGCCCAGAAGACGCCAAAGGUGUGCGCCGCGGCGGCCUUCGUGUCUUCCGCUAAGACACAGUGCGUGCAUCCGGACCGGAAGGAUCCGUAUCUUUGCCUGGGCCAUAGCUCGAGGGAGCGACGUGAAACAGAGGAUGAAUCCAAAGUUCAGCAAUCUCUGAACGGGCUCCGUGCUCAGUUCGAGUUCUUCCUGCUCCAUCGGGCGUAUUGCAGUUUUACCUCUACCGUCCCAGCCACUUCGACAGCAAAAGCCAUGGCUUUGCCUUUGCUCUCCGCGAGCCGCCGCUGGGAUGUGGAGCUCCUGGAAGCCAACGAACCGGAGGAUGCCAGCGAGGACUCAGGGCCUCGCCUUCCCUGGGGCAUCCGGAAGACCCUCCUCCAGGAAGGCACCUCGGAAGACCGUCCGGCGACUGGCGACGAGGUGCGAAUUCACUUUGAUGUGCGGCUCCUGGAUGGGACAGCGAUUAGCUCCUCCAGCGAAAGCGGCCCCUUCGAGUUCGUGGUCAACCAGAGGCCCCGGGAGAUCAUCCAAGGCUUGGAGAUUGCUGUGCAGACAAUGACGAAGGGGGAAGUAGCAGAAUUUACGAUCGCACCCAGAUUCGCGUACGACGACCUCGGCUCCCCGCCUCUUGUGCCCCCCGAUGCGACGCUCGUCUUUGAAAUCGAGCUGCUCGAGUGGCAGAACAAGCUGGAUGUGCUCGGGGAUGGCCGUGCCAUCAAAACGGUCCAGCAAAGAGGCUCUGGAAGCACCAGGCCACGACGAGGCCAAGAUGUCGUCGUCUCACUGGAAAUCACCUCCCGCAAAGGGGAGGUGCUUCAAAAGACGACUGCGACAGAUCAUGUUGUUGGCGAGAAGGACUUCGGGUCCGUCUCUGAGAUCCUUUCGGAGGUGCUCCAGACCAUGGUGGCAGGCGAGCGCUCCAAGGUGCUCCUUCGAAGGUUUGCGGGCGACCGAAUCGUGGACUCGGCACACAGUGGCGCUACUGUGGACCUGCUUCUCGAGCGAGUGUAUGUGACGUCAGACCUCCUCCCCGAGCAGAGUGGCUUGCUCGUCAAGAAGCUGCUCUCCGAUGGGAUCGAAGAUCCGCCUCGAGAUGCGGACCUGGUAGAGUUGAGGGUGGACGGGGCCUUCGAGCCAAAAGUGCUGUCCUUUGCUCUCGGCAGCGGGGAUGUCUGCGAUGCAUUGGACUUUGCCGCAGCAGCGAUGCACGUCGGCGAAGAGGCCAAGAUCGUUUGCAGAAGCCCGCUGAAUUUUUCCGAUGCACAGCUCGGCUUGGCAUCCGAUUCACUGGAAGUCACCCUGCAGGUGAAGCUCCUGAGUGUGAGGAGACAAAGCCCGGCGAGCGAAGAUCGCCUGCUCCUGGCAGAGCAGUGCAAGAGCCGUGCGGCCAAAGCCUUCAAAGAAGGGCGCUACCGCUUUGCUUUGGAAGUGUAUCGGAGGCUCAAGGCUGCUUUUGAUGGGGAGGAGGCUGCCAAGCAAUUCUGCAAUCUCUGCGAGCUCAACCGUGCGGCCUGUUUCCUGAAGAUCGGGAGACCCCACGAAGCUCGCAGAGCAUGCUCCUACGUACUAGAUCAGGAUCCAGAGAAUGAGAAGGCACGCUACCGUCGCGCGUCAGCAGAGUUUCAGCUCUCGAAUUAUUCCGCAGCCUUGCACGACCUGCACGCCUUGCUGAAGCAGCAGCCGACGAACAGCGAAGCGCGGACCCUCGCUGAUCAAGUGCGCAAAGCGCAGCGUACCUACUCACAGGAGGCCAAAGCCGCUGCAGCUCGCAUGCUGGGUGACAAGAGUGACAAGACCGCAACCCAAGAAGGAGACGGCGAGGACGACUCAGAAUCAGCCUGCGUCCGGCUUCGAGCGCUCGCAAGGAUUCUGCUGCCGUGCUUGCCGAGCUCCUCUCGCGCGUUGAAGACCUGA